AUGUUUCCAGCGUCUCAAGAUACGGCUUCGCCUGGAGGAGGAGAUCUCGAAUCGCGUCUUCGCGGACUCAUUUUGAGCAACGCCAUUGCAGCACCCGCUGCCUCCUCCCCAGAGGAAUCGAGUCACGACUCUCGUUUGCCUCCUCACAUGCGCAAGGCAACCGUGCAAGAGCAGCAAGAAUAUCUUGAGAAUAUCAAUUCUGGUGCAGCUCAAGCCAAUAAGAAUUCGACUCCUCGUGCCGCCCAGCAGAAGAACAAGAGACCAAAUCAGGCUCAAAGGCGGCAGAUGAGCUCGAAUUUGUCUAUUCCAAUCGACAACAGCCCAAGCCAGACGAGCCGAUCUCCUGGGUACGGAGCUCUUCCAGUUCAAAAUCAUUCGCAAUGGUCCAAUCAGGGUUAUGGUGGGCAAAACACGCAGAAAGGGUACCAGCGCCAGAAUAAUGGUCAAUAUCAGAGUCAGCCGUCCUCACCUCGUCACAAUAAUCAUGGCCCGCCUACUCCAUACUCUCCUCAAAACUCGUUCUCCCAAACUAACUCAAACUCCCAAAUGCCCCAAUAUCAACAGAGCCGGCCACCUCAUGGCGGUAAUCAUCAGAGUCCACGAAACCAACAUUUUCAAAAUGACUCUUACUCAUCACGACCAUCUCCACACGGCCGGCAACUCUAUCAGCCGGGGCCUUAUCAAGGUCAUGGACAUGGAAAUAACUUCAACCAUAACAUAGAGGAGACGGCUCGUCAAAGCUCGCAUCUUGAAAAUUUAUUGCUGCAGAGUGUAUCUUUAGUUGGCAUGGAUUCUGAUGAAGAAGCGGAGAAAGAGACCUUCAGAGCCAUUGUAGAACAGGCCUGUCGGGACGCUAUUUCCACGUAUGAACGGAAUGAUGAAGGCAAUGCUGGUUUUGACCCUCUUUCCGUCGAGUUGCAAUGUUUUGGAAGCAUGAAAUCGGGGUUUGCCACUAAAUCUUCUGAUGUGGAUCUUGCUCUACUCAGUCCUCAGUCUGCACAUCUUCCAGAUUCUGCAGAUUCCCCAAUUCCACGAAUACUCGAGAAGGCUCUUCUAGACAUGGGCUUUGGAGCUCGAUUGUUGACAAGAACUAGAGUUCCCAUCAUCAAACUUUGUCAGUAUCCCACGCAGAAGCUAAAAGCUGAUCUAUUGGAAGAACGCGAGAAGUGGGAGAAUGGGUUUCCCGAAGACAUUAAUGAUACAGAGGCCCAGACCACAAUUGCACCAGUUGAAUCGCCUCCCAAGCAUGGUGAGUCUACUCUAGAAACAAUCGUUCCCAGACCGGAGCGGAACUCGUUACCUCCUUCGUCGCCGUCUAAGAUUGUUGGAUCAUACGAAGAAAAGCUGGCGAGCUUGAAGCAGAAAAAAUCCCAAUCACUCGGAGACUACCAUCUAAGUGCGAAGCGACUUUUACGGCAGCUUGGUAGCCGAGAUAUCACCUCCGUAGGAGCACCUGACAUUACUGAAGAUGAAGCACGAAUAUUAAACGAUGUUUGCAAAGCAUUUUUUGCUGGCCUUGCCUCUGAUAUCCUGAGAAGCAGCCUCAUUAAGUAUCCUUCUGUUGCGGCACUUUUUGAUCCCGACCAAACUUUUGUUCGCCGAACACUGCAAGGGUCCUGGUUACAGGUUGAUGGCGAGCGUAUGGCUUCAAAUUGGGGUAACCGUCCCCUUUUGGAGGAAAACGACAGACGAGAAUCCGAUAGCCAAGCAAUUAUCAUCGAAUGGGGAACUCUGCAGCAGACUCAUCCCCCUAACUCUCUUGAUGAGUGUAUGAAAUUCAACCGAGAGCUUUACCUCGCAAAUGAGAGAUUAAAAAGAAUCAGCUCCUUGCAACUGACUUGUCUAGAGCAACUUCCGCAUGAAGAACCAUUCAACUAUUUCUCGAGGGUACAAAGGUUGGUCGAUGCUCUGAAGGGUAAUAAACGACAGGAAAUGACGGAUGCUGUAAACGCGAUAGUCGUGCAGCACUACAUUGAGGGUAUAUACAACUCUGACAUCCGUUCCGCCUUGCAAAAGCUCGUGACAGACACAACGUCACUGUAUCUUGUUGCACUUCAGCAUAGAGUUAUGCAACUUAUCACUGACUAUGAGCACGCACUGAAAAACGGUGUCUACGAAAACAACAACCGGCCAGUAAUCGAGCAGUAUGUUUCAUUUCUAAAAACUAUCGAUAUAUCCAACUCAAGUUUCAAUGUCAAUUCAGUCGCCAAUGGCAUAAGCCCAGACAUCAUUUCAGCAGUUCGACUUCUUCCAGAUCCCUCGGUUACUUCGGCAGAUAAACCUCGUGAUCGGUACAAAGAUCAUCUCGAGUUCCCAAAGACUGAUAUUGGUAUUCAAUGCGAUAUCAAUUUCUCGGCACAUCUUGCAAUUCAUAACACGCUCCUACUUCGAUGUUAUUCGCAUUGUGAUCCACGUGUCAAAUUGAUGAUACUGUUCGUUAAGAAUUGGGCCAAACUGAGAGGUAUCAACACGCCAUAUAGAGGGUCUCUCAGCAGCUAUGGCUAUGUAUUGAUGGUAUUACAUUAUCUGGUCAACAUUGCACAACCAUUCGUUUGUCCCAAUCUCCAAGAGAUCAAUCGGGAUCCGCCUAGUCAUCUAUUACCAGCAGAGAUCGAAGCUCGUACGACCUGCAACGGUUGCGAUGUCUGCUUCUGGCGCAACGAGGUCGAGAUUAAGAAUCUUGCAGAUCGAAAAAUGCUCAAUCAUAACCACGAUUCCGUUGGCUUCCUGCUUCGAGGGUUCUUCGAAUACUAUGCUCAGAAUGGCGAUAUGACCACGGUUAGACAUAGGGGAUUCGACUGGGGAAGAGAAGUCUUAAGUUUACGAACAAGGGGCGGGAUCUUGAGUAAACAAGUAAAAGGCUGGGUCGGUGCCAAAACCACCAUCGAAACUAACGUCGUCGCUCCACCUACACCUUCCACCAUCAAACCGGCCGCAUCUACUGACGAAACUACCCCUCAAACUCCCAAACCUCAACCUCAAAGGCUUGAGGAAACGAAAGAGAUCCGUCAUCGUUACCUCUUCGCUAUCGAAGACCCCUUCGAACUUACCCACAACGUCGCUCGUACCGUUACGCACAAUGGAAUUGUUUCUAUCCGGGAUGAGUUCCGCCGAGCAUGGCGGAUCUUGAGAAAUAUCGAUAAACCGGAACAGAGGGAUGGGGGGUUACUUGAUCCGAUUGAUGCGACAGGAAAGGGCGGUAGUGAAGUCAAGGGGAGUUUUCUGGAGCUGUUGGAGAUUUUGCAUGGGCCGGAGCUGAAGCAGGUUGUGGUUUAG